AUGUCGUACAGGCGAACGACGGACUUUGAGGAGGCCGACUACAUGUCGCAGCCGUCCCGCGGCCGCGGCGGAGGUGACCAGGUCCGCGUCAUGGAGCGCGAGCACGACGUCUACAUGGCGGAUCAGCACCGCGACCGCACGCCCGCCUUCCUCCGCGAGGGCGGCCGCCGCGCCGAGCCAGGUCCCAUGGUGCUGCGCCGGCGCGAGGUCGAGUCCUUCGACCGACACCGCAGCCCGUCGCCGCCCCCGCGGCGCAUCCUCGAGGAGCGCAUCGUGCGGCGCGCGCGCAGCGAGUCGCCGCCGGCCAGGGAGCGCUCCCGCACCCGCAUCGUCGAGACGGAGCGCACCGUGAGCCCCGUCCGCCGGCGGAGCUCGCCGAGCCCGACGGUGCGCUUCGUGGAGCGCGUGGUGCGCGAGCGCUCGCCCACACCGCCGUCGUCUGAGAUUGACCACGAGCGCAUCCGCAUCGUGGAGCGCGAGCGCGGACGGUCGCCGGAGCGGUCGCCCUCGCCCUCGCCGCCGCCGCCAGUCAUCAAGGCGCCGACGAUUGAGCGCGAGGUGAUUACGCACUACACCGACAUUGACCACGGAGUCAUCCGGGCGCCGCAGCCCAGCCCUCCCCCGCCACCGCCGCCGCGGAGGCAACGGGACGACUUCCGCGAGACGGACAUUGACAUCCACCUCGACAAGCACCGCACCGACGUGGAUAUUCGGCGGCGCUCCCGCAGCCGCUCCCGCCACCGGGGCUACCACGACGACGACCUCGGCAUCUACGACUCCGACUCCGACUCCGACUACCGCAACCGGCUGCGCGUGGACGUGGCGCCGCGGCGCGCGCGAUCCAUGAUGGGCCGCUCCUCGGAGGGCGAGCGCAUCGCGUCGCGCAUCGACGCCCGCGGGCGCAUGGGCGAGGCGCGCGGCGCGGAGCGGGUGCGCAUGGACGGCGCGGGCGGCGCGCGCACGGACACGACCUGGACACGGUACAGCGGGGAGCGGCGGACCAAGUUUUUGCCGGACGGCAGUGCGGCAGUAGGGGCGGUUCCGGCGCCGAUUUUGAAGAACGCGCCGCGGGAGGGCACCAAGGCCAGGGAGCGCAGGCUGAGCGUGGCGGUGGUGGACAGGGACACGGAGAUUGAUAUUGAGCAGCGCAGGCGCAGGAGAAGGUCGCGGUCGCGGCCGGGGGUGGUGGCGCCGCGGGACACGUGGACCGAGGUGUCGAGGAGUUUGGUCUCGCGGGAGGCGAUGGACCGGCUGGGAUACCCGUAUCAGGAGUCGAAGCACUACUACUACAUCAUGAUGUUCCUGCCCUCGGACGCCGUUUCGGAGCUCAUGAAUCUCUCCGAGGACAUUCGCCGCGCGCGCCGGCGCAAGACGAACGACCGCUCGCGCGAGAUUGAGCUCGACAUCGAGAUUGACCGCGACCACCACCACAGGCCGGUGCAGCGCAGGCGGCGCCGGUCGUCGGGGCACCUGGACGAGCACUUCCGCGAGCUCGAGGUGUCGAUUGACGGCCGGCGACCGCGGGGUGGAUAUUAUUACUGA